AUGUUUUUCCAGCAAAUAAGCAUUGUCGGGCCUACAGCUGCCAUUAUAUUGACUGUAGUUUGCUAUGCCGUCGUCUUAUCUGUCUAUCGUCUGUUUCUACACCCUUUGGCCAAAUUUCCAGGUCCUAAGCUCGCUGCUCUUACAAAGUGGUAUGAAUUCUACUUCGACCUGGUGAAAGGCUAUGGGGGGCAAUUUGCUUGGGAAAUACAGCGAAUGCAUGAGAUAUAUGCUGACCGGCCAGGACCUAUUGUUAGAAUAAAUCCAUUUGAGCUCCACGUACAAGACCCUGACUGGUUUGACACACUGUACGCCGGAAAUCCUACCAGAAGGGACAAAUAUCCGCCAGCUGCAAGUAUGGCAGGCGCACCUUUGGGCACUUUUGGCACAGUUGAGCAUGAUGUCCAUCGAAAACGUCGCGCUGCCAAUAGUCACUUACUCUCUACACGUGCGAUAUCCGAUGCUCAACCUCUGAUACUAGACCAAGUGCGAAUUCUCUCGGACCAAUUUGAACGGUAUUUGAGUACGAAAGAGAUAAUUGACCUCCGCGUUACCUUCCUGGCCUUCACCACAGAUACAAUCACAAGGUAUGCGCUCGGGGAAAUGAAAAAUCUUCAAGAAAACAAGACGCUUGCAGUUGACUGGAGCGCAACAAUAAGGGCUGUUGCCAGAAUAACGCCGCUGAUGAAACAGUUUCCCUGGAUGAUGACCGUAGCUCUUUACAUCCCUAUAAAUAUUCUAAGAUUCUUCAUGCCUGAACUAUUCAGACUAGUGCAGUAUCAUGCUGAGAUGCGAGCUUUUGCCGAGCGAUUUUUAUCCCAGCAACAGGCGAGCCAAGAAAAGCCGAAAACUCACGAAACUUCUUCUAAUAUGGCCUUGUUUCAAUGCAUAUCAGAUAGCAAUCUACCAGCUCAUGAGAAAUCAGCAAAACGCCUUGCUCAUGAAGCAGUUGUGGUGAUAUCCGCAGCAGCCGAAAUCACAUCUCGCGCUCUGAGCAUCACCAUGUUUUACAUACUGUCUGAACCUCAAGUUUUGAGACGACUACGGGAUGAAAUAGAUGUAGCAAUGCCCGAUUACUCCGUCUUACCAUCCGCAAAAUCUUUAGAAGAGCUUCCUUACUUGGUUGCAACCGUCAAGGAGGCAUUACGAAUAUCUGCAAUUAUCACAUCGAGAAUGCCAUUAAUGGCUCAUACUGAGCUAGUCUAUAAGAAUUGGAAGAUACCAGCAAUGGCAAGUCCUGCAUUUUUCCUUUUGUAA